CGAAUGAUCAUGGUGACGGCCCAAUGUUUUUAAUUUUAUUUUAUUUUCACUCGAAACAAUACUUGGGAGGAGAAGUUGCUGCUCUUCUUUCAUAUCUAGACAACCAAAUCGAUCGAGAUCAGCUUCUACUUGUUUUGGAUUGAAUUGCCUGAAGAAUCUGUCAAAGUCGUAAUGGGUUUCGGGGUGACUACUCUAAUCUUUGCAAUGGUGGGCAUAAUUGCUUCGCUCAUGGUCAGAAUCUGCUGCAGCAGAGGCGCUUCUGCUAAUUUGCUCCACCUUACAUUAGUUAUCACUGCAGUCGUGUGUUGCUGGAUGAUGUGGGCAAUUGUAUACGUCGCGCAAAUGAAACCUCUUAUUGUUCCAAUCCUAAGUGAAGGAGAAUAAGGUGAAUACGCAACGAUGCUCUUGCAGAUCAGGUCACUCGUCAUUCUUUCAGACUUUCCAUUUGGGAUGUCUAUGUAUAAUUUGGAAGAUAGUUGGAUUCUAAGUGGCUUAGUGCUGUUGUUUGAUGCAUUUAUUUCAUCCUUGGAACAAGUUGACAGAGCAUUCUGUGUACCUCACUCAUUAUGAAUGAAAUAAAGAAUCAAAUUCUUCUGUAUGUAA